AUGGCGGCUUUUGGCAGACCUGACCCUGUUGGCUCAGGACGAGCAUUGUCAGUACGACCUCCCCUGCCCAGGUUCCCGAACAAUGUAGAGCUUGUACAGAAUGAAGAACACACAAAGCUCCUCGCAGCACUGCUACCUGCGCUGAACAAGUACCAAUGCUUGGACGUGGGCGUGAAAAAGACUCGUCGUUCUCCGUGGGUCCGGACAUUUGUGGAUCUCUAUCAUCCAGCUGGAGCCUGGGGAAAGUUCUCCAAUGUGCCCGACAUUACGUCGAAACAAAAAUAUAGAUUCAAAAGCUACCAACUCCCCAAGAUAUUCGAUUCACUAGAAAAGUAUUUACGAGGUGCGACACGAGAGAGUGCCGUUCAUUUGGAACUAUAUGAUGCCCUCAAUGAAUACUAUUCCAGAGAUCAGUAUUUUAAGGACUUUUUGGCGGCGUGUGAGCCCAUUGCCGCCACCCAAGCCAACAAACCGAUGCAAGAACGAUCCGCCUUUCCUACGGAUGUUAUCACGGACAAGAAUGACACGGGCGUGGCACGGCUUGUGGUGGAAACAGAAACCACUGCAAAUGAUGCUUCCAGUUCGGAUUCUAGCUCUCAGUCGUCGCAGCCAUCGGAUAAUGAUGAUGAGGAGGAGGAUCAGAAAAGGCCCGCAGCAACUUCAACCCCACCCUCUCAGGUUGCUUCUCUUGCGGGUCGUUGGUCCACUCCAAGAAGCCAACUUGGUUUGCAAUUAGCCACUCGAGGCUGGAGACCCGCAGCAACUUCCCCACCUGUGGAAACAGAGGCCCACGAAAAUGAUGCUGCCAGUUCGGACUCUAGCUCUCAGUCGUCGCAGCCAUCGGAUGAUGAGGAGGAGGAUCAGAAAAGGCCCGCAGCAACUUCAACCCCACCCUCUAAAGUUGCUUCUGUUGUGGGUCGUUGGUCCACUCCAAGAAGCCAACUUGGUUUGCAAUUAGCCACUCGAGGCAAAGGGCCCGCCUAUUAUAAUAGAGUCACACCUGGGAGCAGCAAGCGAGGGCAUGAUGAGGAAAGCCAUGGGCAGGAUACCCCGGCCCGAAACACCCGUCGUCGCGUCAAGGAACGAAUGCACCCAGACGGCAGUGAAACUGUGUCAACCACCAAUAAUGAAUCUGACAAGAUGGUUGACGAGCCAGAAUGUGUCCAUGCAACGAAAGGAUGUGGUGCCGCAAAGAAGACGGACACGGCAACAGAGGAUGAUGAUGAAAACGGGCCAGAAGUGGACCAAGAGGAACAAACGCUGCCAGCUAGUGGCAAGCGCUCUGCUUCCUCGAUGGCCGAAUUGCCGAGCCUUACCGACAAGAAUGAUGGCGACAAACAGGAGCCCCCGAGUGCUGACAGCGCCAAGCUCAAGGAACCAAGGGACCCGGAAGGUAGGGACACUGUUUCAACCAACAAUAAUAAUGAAUCUGACAACAUGGUUGAGGAUCCAGAAGUUGUCCAUGCAAAAAAACGUGGCGCCGCAAAAAAGACGACCACGGAUGAUGAUGAAAACGAGGCAGAAGUGGACCGAGAGGCGCAAACGCCGCCAGCUAGCAGUGGUAAGCGCUCUGCUUCCUCCUCCAUGGCCGAAUUACUGAGCCUUACCAACAAGAAUGAUGGCGACAAAAAGGAGCCCCCGAGUGCUGGCGGCACCAAGCUUGAGGAGGAGGAGGAAAAGGAAACGGCGGAAGCUCCCACUCAAGAUGCGUCGUCUCUUGUCCGGGAAACUACAAAGCAACAAAUUGAGAAACGGCGAGAGGAGCUUUCCAAGAUGUUUCAGAGACGCAAGAAUGAUGGAAAAGGUGACAAUGAUCCCCUCUGCAAGAAGAUUCAAGAGAAGAUUGAUGCAGAGGAUGAGAAGCUACUGGAACUCAUUCUUAUGGAGUAG